AUGGCCCGCCGCGGCAAGAAGGCCUCAAACAGAGCCCUUAACAAUGGGGGCCCUCGCGAACAGCAGCAACAGCAACAGCAGCAACAGCAACAGCAACAGCAACCCCAGGAGGAGGCUGCACAGGCCCCUGAACAUCAGGUAGAGCUGGCGAGGCCUCUGCACCACGUCCAGGACACCCCAAAGCCUACUGGAGACCAUGCGGGGGGCGUGACAAGACGCCCGGAGGCGGACUACCCGCAUAGCACAGUAGCAGCAGCAUUCCCAACAGAAACAGCAAGUGCAGCAGCAGCAGAAGCAGCAAAAACAGAAGGAGAAGCAGAAGCAGCAGAAGCGGCAGUUGCAGCAGCAACAGAUGCAGUAGAAGCAGCAGUGGCAGCAGCAGCAGAAGCAGUAGUGGCAGCGUCAUCGAAAGCAGUCGUCGAGGAGCUCUCAAGCUCUGCCAGCAGCUCCCAGGAUUUUGAAGGCUUUUUGCAAGAACUUCUGCGUCUGCUGUCCAUUGAUUUGGUGAUAGAGCCCAGGGUUCCUCAGCCGCAGCAGCAACAGCAGCAGCAGCAGCAACGGCAGCAGCAAACACGGCAGCAGCAGCCACUGCAGCAGCAGACGUUGCAGCGGCUCGACCUUCUGCAGCGUUUGGCCUCAACAGAGCCGAAAGACAUUAAGGAGGCCCUAUUGCGGAGAGACAGAGACAGCAGCGGGGCACUGCACCUCAGUCUCCUUGAACGCCUCAGCAGCGGAGAAGACAGCGAGACCCUGCAUCUGUCUCUACUAGAGAAGCUUUCGUGCUGCGACGAUGCUGCGCAGCAGCCCUCCUCAAGCGAGAAGGGAGCAGGCAGAACAGCAGACACAAAAGCUGCUGCUUCUGCAGCUAAAGGGGCAAAUGCAGCUCCCCGAGCCCCACGAGGCAGCCUACAGGAGGCCCCAGGACCCCGGGCCGCCAGCGAACGCACUGGCCGUGCUGCAGCCAGGGGAGCCCCUCCUGCUGCAGAAACAAGGCAGGCCGGGGGAGCAGCAGCGAGACAGCAGUUCAGAAACAGGACGCCCGGCAGUCCCGGCAGCAGCAGCAGCUGCAGCGGCACAGGCGACUCAGCAGAAUGGCUCACGGAGAGCAGCAGCGGCUCAAGAGAGAUUGAGGCCCAGCUCUUCCCCCAGCCCAAGGCAGCACAGAGAUCUGGAAGGGGCAGAAAAGCGCAUGCAGGAUCAAGCAGGCAAACCCGUGCUGCGCCAGUGAAACUGCAACAGCACCAUCAGCAGCUGCAGCUGCAGCAGCAGCAGCAGCAACAGCAACAGCAGCUGCAGAUUGCUGGUGACUCCUCCUUGAGAGCAGUUCUUCGGAGCGUUUCACCCAUUCCGGGAAGCAGGAUACCAACCGCACCUGCAUCUAUUGGAGAAGUCACUGAGGGGAGAAGGCAGCCAGAGGGACAGAGCAAGAGAGCCGCCUGGGUCUGGCUAGAAUCGCAGAGCUCCCUAGACACCCCGUGCCCAAAAGACUGCAAAGGCUGCGGCAACUAUGCAGACGAAAGGCCCUAUGACGCGGAUACCUCCGGCAGCUCCUCCCAAGAGAGCAUUCAAGUAGGAGCAACGCCCCCUUCUCUCUUUGUGAGAGGGGCUCCGCUGGCGCAGCAGCCGGCAGUCAUCCGCCGAGUAGCUGGACCUGUAGAAGCCAACGGAAGACCUCCGCUGCUUCUAGACGACACCAUGCCCGCCGAUGAGCCAGCGCCUUCCCAUCAGCAACAGCAGCAACAGCAGCAACAGCAGCAGCAGAGUCAAUCCCCAACUGUAGCUGCCCCAGGCGAACAAACGGGGCCCAGAAGGAAGCACCGCGGCGGCAGACGCCGUUCUUCAGGCCGCCGCCGCAACUGA